GAGAGGAGGUGCGGCAAAACCAGAUUAGGAGGACGAGGAGAGCGCUGUUGUUCCGUCAAAUCAGUGAGUCGGUCUGAGCACAGGCAGCCAGUCACUCAGUCAGUCAGUGCGCAUUGUUGAAAACGGGGAGCGUCGGGCUGCAUUCCGCAGACUUUCGCCGUCCCAUCAGUCAGAAAACUUGUCAGCAAAAAAAGUUUUGGGAUUGUUUUGAGUUUAUGAGAGAAGCAAAGCGAGGGGUAAGAAGGUGAAACAGCGAGGGAAUGGAGAAGCACAAAGUGCUGGACCAGCUCCUGAUGGAGCUCCACCGCUUCCUGCUCAUCCUGGACAAGGAGACCCUGAGUGGGAAUGCCACCAUCCAGAAGGGCUUGCUGGCUGAUCUCCUCAAGUCCUACGGAGCCUCCAAUGGUGCUGAUGAGGAGUAUAUCUACAUGAACAAAGUCAUUGUUACUGCAAAGGACAAAGGCAGCAAAGAUGACAGAUCCGAUGCCCUGGUCAAUGGAAAAGCAGGAAAACAUUUCUCCGUCCCACAGAAGAACCUUCCUGACCUGCCGCCUCCCAGAGCAAGUAUGGUGGGUCGAGAGCCGUUCCCAUUACCUGCCGUCCCCGCUCCAGCCUGUAUAGAUACUUCAGAGAGCUACUACGAGGAGGCUCAGCCAUAUGAGGAAACUUUCAAUGAUCUGGACUGUUUUGGCCUCCUCUCAGGGCCCUGGAUGCGAGUGCAGAGCUCUGACAGUGUGGUCUAUGCUGUUAUCAACAGGGAUGACGGGGAGGCAGUCAGCAGUUCAUACGAGUCCUACGAUGAGGAGGAAGUGACCAGAGGAAAGUCGCCGUCGGCGCAGCACCAGUGGCCGUCAGCGGAGGCGUCCAUUGAGCUCAUGAAGGACGCUCGGAUCUGCGCCUUCCUGUGGAGGAAGAAGUGGCUGGGCCAGUGGGCCAAACAACUGUGUGUCAUCAAAGACCAUCGCCUGCUGUGCUAUAAGAGCUCCAAGGAGCAGACACCUCUGCUGGAUGUGAGUCUGCUGGGAUGCAGCGUGGUCUACAAGGAGAAGCAGCUGAAGAGGAAAGAGCACAAACUGAAGGUCAUACCAGUGGGAGGGGAGGCUAUCGUUCUUGGCCUACAGAGCAAGGAGCAGACAGAGCAGUGGCUAAAGGUGAUUCAGGAGAUCAGUCCCAAGCCGACUGAAAACUAUGACCACCAGCACUCUGUAUCCGACUCACCGAGGCUUAUCUGUACAAAGGGAGACCUGAGUGAGAGAUACUCAGUGGCUUCAGAGAGCGGCAGCAGCACUGACAGCCAUGCUGAGACUCCCGAAAAAGAUGUGAAGAAAAAAUCUGGGGCAGGUUUGAAGUUCAGCAACCUCAUGAACAUUGGCAAGAAAAAACCCUCCUCAUUAGAGAGCCCAGAGAAAUGUGUGGACACCUCAGGCUACCUCAACGUGUUGGUGAACAGCCAAUGGCGGACCUGCUGGUGUCUUAUAAAGAACGGACAGCUAUGGUUCUACCAAGACAAGGGCAAGAACAAAGUGAGCCAGCCAGCUGUGACCCUAGGGGGCUGCAGCAUUCUGCCCGACCCGAGCCCCGAGCACCUGUACUCCUUUAGGAUCGACAUGGACGGCACGCAGGUUGCAACCCUGGAGGCCAAGACGUCCGCAGACAUGGGCCACUGGCUGGGCCUCCUGCUGUCACAGACAGGGAAUAAAAUGGACCCAGAGGAACUGACGUAUGACUACGUCAACGCUGAGAGGAUCUCCAGCAUCGUCAAUGCUGCCAAGACUUCCUUAUACUUGAUGCAGAGGAGGUAUUCAGAGCCAAACACCUACAUAGACACACCACCCUCCAUCUCUCACAACUCUGAUGAGCUGUAUGAUGAUGUGGCGUCUAUAGCUGAUCCAGAGGAUGCUGAAGAGAGAGGCCUGCCAGACAGCGAGGACAACAAUCCUCAGGAACUUAAUGAAACAUCCGCACAGGACACCAAGGAUUCAGCGGGAACACAACAGGACACUGACAACAGGAUUUACCUGGACCUGGUCCCUGUGCGCUCGUUCCUCCAUACGUCCUGCGGGGGUAAAGCCCCUCCUGCCAAAGAAACUUCUGGACAUUCCCCAGUCCCAGCAGAGGAGCAGAAGGACCCCUCAUCUCAAAUGAAAGAGGUCGUUUCAACUACCCGCACUGAGCCAGAGUCAGCACCUGUGAUAAAUGACACAAAUUCAGCCUCUGCUACAGAGCACCCUCCCACUCCCACUCCACCACAGCCACAAACCCAACCAGUCAAGACCUCAACCCAAAGCCAGGAGACCCCCAAGAGGAGCAGUGUGGGGAUCCCACAGGCCUUCACCUCCUCCGGGGGACAGAUCCACAAAGGCUCAACAGUUUCUGUGGGGCUCCCUCACAGUCCUCACCCCCAGCGGCCCAAGGCACAUACCAUAGGGUGUCCCGGUGCAGUCGAAGGGAAACUGGGCAAGAACCGCACAGAAGCAGACAUGCGGCGCUACAUCGAUGAGCGCGACCGUUUGGAGAAAGAGAGGGAGGAGAUGAAGAGUAGUCUGGCGAACCUGAAAAAGGAGAGAAGGGAAACCAAAGAGGAGCUCACUGCCUGCCAAGAUACCAAGCAGCAGGCCUCGCUAGAAGCCCGUUUGAAGCAGAAGGACGAGGAGUGUCGGGAGGCGGAGCGCCGCAGAGUUGAGGUGGAGCUACGGUUGAUGGAGGUGAAGGAGAGUCUGAAGAAGGUGGAGUCGGGGCCUUUCACACUGGGGACCACACUGGACAGCAGCCUCCAGGACACAUCCACACCUAAAGCAUCAACCCUGCCUUCUACCCAGACAUCAUCAUCAUCAACAUCAUCAUCAUCUUCAUCAUCCCAACCCUGCAACAGCAACGUCAGUGCAGACCCAGCCUCGCCAGUCAACUCUGCCUCUGCACUAAAGAGCAGACCGGCCUCUAUCAUGGCCACCAAAGGCAAAGUCCUGCAGAAAGCCAAGGAAUGGGAGAAGAAGUCCACCACCUAGAGGGAAACCUGAAUGCCCUUUGAUGUCCAAAAUCCACAAGUUUCUCUUGGUCUGGUCGGCUGUCCACAACUUGUUCUGCUUCAGCAGGGAACCACCAAGUUAACAGACCAGACAGUUCAUUCAACAUCCUCCCUUCUCUCUAUGGACCCUCCAUCCUCAUCACCUCCACGCCAAGACUAUAAAGAGCCAAUCAGAGAGUUGCACGAGCCGUCUUCUCAAACACCACUGGAUAUUCUUAGUCCAUUGACUUUUCACCUUGUUUGUCUCCAUUUGCUUAAGGGAGGACACCGAUGUAGUAGCAUUCUGGCCAGUCUAACAAUUGUUCUUGGUAACGAUGCACAAAUGGGACGUUUGAAAACAGCCAAACAUUUGAAACCACUGAGACAGAAAGACACCCCUCUAACUAAAAUUGGCCAUUUUGUACACUCUAGAUUGUAGCUUGGUUCAUAUAUGCUGGUAGCCAAGAUGUAAAUAUAUUUACACCAUUAUUCAGCCUCAUGUGGCUUGUAUUGCUAGCUAAAAAUGCACUUUUUAUUCAAAUAAAAAUGUACUG